AUGAAAUCAAAUUAUUUAAAAGAAUUACUUGGUGUACUUCAAGGAAAUAAGAUAUACAAUCUGUUCUUAAUUUUAGGAGAAAAUUAUGACUCUAAUACGUCCGAGUUUGAAAGCACCUCGCAGUUAAUCAAGUUCAUUAAGAAGCAAACUGGGAGUUAUUUCUGUAUUGGGGUUGCUGGUUUUCCUGGCUGUUCUGAAGAAAAAUUAGUACACCUAAAAGAAAAAAUUGAAAGUGGAGCAGACUACAUCCUCACGCAAGCAUUUUUUGAAAAAAAUACUUACAAAGCUUUUGCUGAUCAAUGUGAAAGGUUAAAUAUCAAAGUACCUAUUAUACCUGGAAAAAUUGCAAGUACUAUUUUCUCAACUCUUGAAAGUGAAAGAUGUCGUUUCCUGAUAAACAGCAGCGAAAAAUUUGUUGGGACUCCAGAGAUCGUUACUGGGAAUGUUUAG